AUGCUUCGCCGUGGCGUUGUUGUGCGCUGGGUCCCACGCUACGCCCGUCAGUUCCCUCGGGGACGAGGGCGGGGGCGAAAGGCGGCGGCGGCCGCCGCGGGGUUGGCAAGUGUUGCCUCAAACUGCUCAACGGAGUCCCCAGUUGUAAGGGCGUAUGAUGAACAAGUGGCUCUGGCGGCGAAGGCAAGGCAGCGAGAGGUGAAAAAAGGUGCACCAUCGACGCCGGACUCAACGAUCCCUGACGUCUCAAAUCUGCUGCUGCGAAAAGCAGAAAAGCUUCUCGACCGUUGGCAAAAGUUGAGUGAGACGAUGGUAACCCGCCGCAUCGGGGGCGUCCCUUCCGUUGCCUGCGUCUCCUCCCCAAAUAAGAUACAGAGGUCCUCUCUAGAUCAAGAGCGAGAUGCCGUGUUGUUUAUGGCCCAAACUGAGGUGUUCGCCGUUGUCAAGGGCGUGCUGCCGUCAUCGACGCGGCAAGAUGUCAUUGUGGAUCGAAGCGCGGAGGACAAGGGCCCGACGGACCCACAGAAAGGCUCGACGCAGGAGGGCAGAUCCACUCGUGGCACCAGCAGCAUGGUGAUCAUUCCCGAUGAGGCCGCGGCAGACGCCGUGAAGUACCUGGAGCAACUAGGGAAGCGCCACGCAGGGACAGUGCAAGGAGGAGUCGACUCCGUGGAGGGCCCAUCCCCUACCUCAGCUUUGGUGUUUUCUCUGCAUGAGCUUGUGGUAUUUCUUCAACUGUACAAUGACGUGAAUUGUGAAGAUGGUGAGUUGCUUCUGCGGUUACUUGCGGAACUACGACGCGUCGUUUUUUCGGCAAGAAAAGGGCUUGACAACGAGCCAGGUGUGUUGAGUAUUCGCGAGGAAAGCGUCGUCCCACGGCUACUUCUGACGCUCUCCAGCCUUGGGAUUGUAGAGGAUAAUGUGCUGCAACGACUGGUCACUGUUAACGGCGGACGCUUCAUAUCAAGAGCGAAGAUUGCACGGUAUUCAGAGGCGGAUCUUGUUCGUUUACUCGUGGCUUUCCACCGUUUUGGACUUCACCACGAGCCUUGUUUUGGCCUAGCGGCAAAAGUGUUGCGGCGGAAGUCGUUGUGUAGCCCACUCAGUUCAUUCCGUCGUCGUGCGUUGUCCUACAAAACCGAUUCUCUUCCCGCUGGAGACGUGAAGAGUGGUGGCGUGCCUGCCUUGAUGUCCGGGCUCACGCUGAAUGAGUUGCUGGAGGCACUAACGGCGGUAUCGCUUAGCUUGUCCCGAGAGAGGGAGGUUGUGGAAUUACUUGCGGCCACCAUUGUCGCCGCUGUGGAGGAAGAAGAAGGUGCGGUGCACCGCAACGGAGGAGGCGCGCGGACGCGAGAAGAGGACGCUGGUUUUUUUCGAACGCUGCAAGUUCAUCGGGCAGCAAAGGUUUGCGAGCAAAUGGAGCAGGCCCAGCCGGCGCUAGCGCACCUGCUUCAUCGGCUUUCUAUUCGCUAUGGUGGGGUGCUUGCCGACGGUGGCGAGGAGGCCUUGAGCCCGGAGCGGGUUGGUUUCUACGACUUCGUCACGGCAGAUUUGGUGAAGGUGCGUCGUAGCUGA